CUCUUCAGCAGCGACGCUGCCCACCCGGACACCCGCAGAAUACACGAGAGCUGUGAUUACUUGGAGGGCAGAGCUACAGUCUUUCACGCCCGUUACCUGUCUGCAUGGGCGAGCACCGGCACAGGAGCGAAGCCGCCCGUGGUUCUGGGCCACUUUGUCUUGCCACCCGCCUGCUUGCAAGAAGAAAUCAGAAGGAAAAUCGGUAGUUUUAUAUGGGAGCAGGCGGAUGAUUCCCUUGUAGACCAGCCCAACGAAAAUCUGACAGACGAACCAGAGGCGGCGGGAAAAGGCUGUGAGGAAGAAGUGGACGAAGAUGUGCUAGACCUGGACGAAAGCGAAGAAGAAACAGGCUCCACAGCAUCUGCCCAGGGGGAAUUUCCAUGCCGUGCCCUCCAGGAAUACCCGAUUAAUAACAUGGUGACAGGCUACGCCUCUGCUCGCGACAUGAAUAAAUAUGUCGGGGAGCUCCGUGAUUUCAUUCCCGGCACCUCGGGCUACGCGGUGUAUUGGAUUCAGAACGAAAUUAACAUUUACGCUGACGUGAAGACUAAAAUGAAGAGAAAAUUGUAA